UGUUGAUCAAGUAUUUAACUCGUGAUAUGCAAGGUAGGUAUAAAUUUCAUUGUCACAUGAAUAUCGCGAAUAAUGUAGCUCUACAUACGAAAGCAUCAAAGAAACAAAUAUCCUCCAAAGCAUGCAUGAUGAUUAUGGUACCUAGGUACGUUAGUCUAUUACUAUGAUGCGAUGAUUUUGAUACGGUAUCUCGGCACCUUAGUUAUUGCCUAUUCACCUCAAAUAACCUAGGUUGCCCAUUUCUACUCGUACACGUAGCUCUGAUCAUGUCAUUAUAGCCUCAUAUCGCUAUAUGAGAGCAGCUAAUGCGCAUCCCUACGGGAACUUGGUCUUUGCAUUAUCUUAUCAAUCUAAUCAGAUCCGGAUCAAAAUCGCAUGACGCAAAUAAUUCAACAUCGCCAUAUCACUUGAAGUACUAAGGAGUAACCACGAUGAGUGGUAGUUCAAAUCUCGAUGUUAUGCUCGCGGGCGGCGGGGCAGCUCUCGUCGUAGAUUUGAUUAUCUAUCCGUUGGAUACCUUGAAAACCCGCCAGCAAAGUCGAGAUUUCGUCAAGACAUUUGCCGACCCGUCUACCAAGACUAAGUUACCCUCGCGGCAGCUCUUCAAGGGCUUAUAUCAGGGUAUCGGGAUAGUCAUAGUCGCCACUUUACCCGCCGCGGGGACUUUCUUCACGACCUACGAAGCGGCCAAGUCGUUCAUCAGCCGUCACGGGUCCCCCUUAGGUCUCCCGCCACCUUUGGUGCAUUCAGGCGCAUCGGCCAUAGCGGAGUGUGCGUCGUGCUUAGUCCUUACUCCCUCCGAGGUCGUCAAGCAGAACGCUCAGAUGUUGCAGCAAAAAUCCGGCAGCUCGCACAGGUCUGCGUCGCUUCAAGCCUUAAGACAGCUAACCGCAAGCGGCACGGGUGUGGGACGCAAGCUGCUAUCGGGAUACACCGCUCUAGUAGCCCGGAAUCUACCUUUUACAGCUAUUCAGUUUCCCAUUUUUGAAUAUCUGCGUGCCAGGAUCUGGGGCUGGCGAUCUCGUGCAAGCCAAUCUAAGGCGGGGUCCGGCGCGGGUGCGGGAGAAAUCCAGACUUUAUUUGAGACUGGCGUUAUCACGGGGGCGAGUGCCGGGUUGGCGGGUAGCUUGGCUGCUAUUGUCACGACUCCUAUGGAUGUGGUGAAGACGCGGAUGAUGCUUGCAGCCGGGAGCAGCCAGGAUCUAGACCAAGGUGUUCGUGACCGGAGACAUACGUCGCAGGGUGUAACUAGAUACAAGGCACGAGGCGGACUCGCCGUAGCACGCGAAGUUGUUUCGGAGACGGGUAUCUCGGGGUUGUUCAGGGGUUCCGUUCUUCGCGCCGUAUGGACUCUCGUCGGUAGCGGGCUUUACUUAGGCACAUACGAAGUAGCAAAAGUUUGGCUCUCGAGAGGAAAGGGGCAAAGUAGCGAAGAUAAUGCCUUUAUUUAAUGAGUACCGACCCGCGUUUAUAGACCCUAUAAUUCCUUGCAGCCAAUUCCAAAUCCUAUCC